ACAAGGAAGAAACAUGUUAAAUCGCUAACAAGUUUGACUUAGCUAGAAUCAGACAGAGAAUGGCGAUCUAUUCCUCCUCUUCCAUCACCUCUCUGUCCAAAGCCCUAAAACCCUCCCCUCCAAAAACCCCAUUCCUCAAACUCCUCUCCAUCCCCUCCAAAACCCACCUCAAGCUGCCUCCAAAUCUCAAAUCAGCGCCACUUUCUCUCCUCUUCAACACCUACAUGGGCCACUUCCACAAACCCCAAAAAACCCAACCCACCCAAAUCAAAUCCCUCUUCACAGGCAUCGUCGAAGAAAUGGGCGAGAUCAAGCACGUGGGUUUCACCGAAGACGACAGUUUCAAUAUGACAAUCCAAGCAAAAACCAUUCUCGACGACGUCCACCUCGGUGACAGCAUUGCCGUGAACGGAACUUGCUUAACAGUCACAGAAUUCGAUACCCAGUUGUCCGAAUUUAAGGUUGGUUUGUCCCCGGAAACCUUAAGAAAAACAUCGUUGAUUGAAUUAGUACCUGGUAGUUUGGUGAAUUUGGAGAGAGCUUUGAAGCCCAGUACGCGAAUGGGUGGGCAUUUUGUGCAGGGACAUGUGGAUGGGACUGGGGAGAUCGUGGGGACUAAGGUAGAGGGCGAUUCAUUGUGGGUUAAGGUUAGGACUAAUGAAGAGUUGUUGAAGUAUAUUGUGCCUAAAGGGUUUAUUGCGGUGGAUGGGACUAGUUUGACUGUGGUGGAUGUGUUUGAUGAAGAAAUGUGCUUUAAUUUUAUGCUGGUGGCUUAUACGCAGCAGAAUGUGGUGAUUCCUUUGAAAAAAGUUGGGCAGAAGGUGAAUUUGGAGGUGGAUAUACUUGGGAAAUAUGUGGAGAGGCUUUUAAGCAGUGGGUUUGUCAAUUCUACCAAAUUUUCUUGACCCUGAGGUAAUCUUUGUUUGUUUUUUGAUUUCUAUGGCCCUUUUUGAAUAAAAUGUAUUGCUAUUUUGAUGUCACUUGUGGUGUUUCCUUGUUAUGUUGUGGCAAUUUGCUUGGCAAUAUAAAUAAGAAUUUUGGACUUUUGGGGUCUGCAAUAUCUGGUUUCGAAGUAUACAUCUUUUUAUGUUCAUGAUCUAAUAUCACUUCCACUGUAGAGCGAGAAGAUGAUAUUACUCUUUGGUCUUUGCUGGUUUGGACAGAAUAUGUGCAUUUUGUGGAG